AUGGAAUCUACGGUAUUAAAAAUCAAAAAGGUUACAAAUUCUGAUAGAAUCAGUAACUUGUCUGACGAUUUGCUCAUCAAGAUACUCUCCUUAGUUCCGGUAAGAACUGCAAUGAGCACAAGCUUGUUGUCUAAACAAUGGAAACCUGUAUGGAAGAUGAUGCCAACACUUGUGUAUGAUGAAACUUGUCCCACCGUUAUUGGUUCCCUUGGCUUUGCCCAAUUUUGUAGCAUGUCUUUACCUAAAGCGUCGCUUCUUAGAAACUUAAACCUCAAACUUGACAAGAAAGCUGCUUCCAAAGUCAUAGAUCAUCUGUUAUUCCCAAACCUUCCUCCCACUCUCCUUGAGAUCUCAAUCACUUCUUUAUCUAGGAAUUUUAUAGCUUUCCCAAAAAACUUUAAAGUUUUCCAAACACUAGUCGUCUUAAAACUCCAAGGCACUAUUACUCUAGAUGCUGUUGUUGUUUCUCCUGUUUGUUUCCAGUCCUUGAAAAGUUUGCAUCUCAUAAGUGUGAUAUUCUGGUCCAAAUCGUCUUUGGGGAUACUUUUAUCGGCUUGUCCAGUUCUUGAAGAUCUCUUCUUCGUAACAAAUAUGAAUACUCGCAUCCACCCUUUCACCAUAUCAGUACCUUCUCUACAGAGAUUACACAUCACUGACCAUGUCGAUUACGGUGACACAAAAUUCGAGAUUAAUGCUCCUUCUUUGAAGUACUUAAAGAUCAUAGACUGGAGUGGUUGUAUUAAAUUCGUUGAAGAUAUGCCGAAGUUGGUGGGUGCAAAAGUUAUUCUUUCACAAUCCCAAGCUGAGAAGUUUAUCAGAUUGCUUACCUCGGUAGAAUUUCUUUCAAUAAUACAUCUACAUCCUUCAAUGGUAAGUUACUACCAUAUUGGUUCUACCUCUUGCCAAUGGAAUUUCUCAUCGGCUUCUUCGUCUGAAACUACAUAUUUCCCACAAACUUCCGCUUAA